AUGCGAUUACUGUGGUCCAAGUUAUUGAUCAACAUGACCGAGCAGCACGAUAAUUUCAGUAAUCAGUUAUCAAAGUUAUCUAUUAAUCAGCAGCCAUCAGACGUCCACGACAACGAACAUCAGAUACCAGAAGAAUGGUUAAUACCAAAAUCCAUCAGUCUUGGUUAUUUCUUUCUAUGCCCGAUGACACUGGCACAACUAAUCACUCAACAAUGUGCUACCAAUUAUUUUCAACAAAUCUUAGUCUUCAUUGAACAACAACAUCAUAUUCGUAACUUUCGCAUGAAACUAAGUGAACAACGUGGUCGUGAGUUGGGUAUGUCUAUUCAUUAUAAAGAAAAACAUUAUCAUCGAGGACCAGUUGACUGUGAUCUGUGUAUAUCAUGUGAUGUUGAUAAUGAUUUAUCACGAUUAAGUAUCAUUAAAGAGAAUAUAAAUACACGUAUCUGGUUAGAUGCGCAAUUACGCACGAAAUUAAUUGUCACUCCUCGACGUCAUGUAGAACGUCUGUCGGAAAUGACAUCGGAUGAGAUGGCUAAACGUUCGUCUAGUUCGAGGUUCCACAGUUAA